AUGAGUGCCAGCAACAAGUCGAAAGCCCCCGCGAACAAGGCCAUCAACGGCUAUGUCCCCGCGUACCAAGCGCCACCCGAGCCACCCGCUCCACUACCAGUUCCGAAGGUGGAGAACAAAAUUGAGGUGCCCGAAACCGUCCAGAUCACGACCAUGACGGACCUGGUCGAGCGAAUUCAAGAGAAUGCUUCGGUCCUUUUCCCGGCAUCCCCGCGUCUGAGAGUCACCACUGCCCUCGCUCCUUCUGGCCUUCUCUGCCAUGCCGUUGUGCUUGGCCCGAAGAAUGAGGAGUCCAAGACGAGUCGCUACAAGCUUUUGUUGAAGGGCCCGGGAGUGCCUGGCGUCAAGCAUGAACCUGGCAGAGGUCGGAGAGAAGCUUUGAUCGGCCUGCUGGAAGAGCUUGAGAGGAAGGUCGGUAAGGAAAUGUUUACCACCUGA